GCGGUCGCUCGUUCCUGCGUGCUGGAAUCAAGGCGCCCUUCUGCCGAGGUCCCGUCAUACCGUCGCUCCCGCUUCCAGCAACAUCGGGGGUCCUCUCGCCUGGACUCCGGUCGGGACCGACCGCCCCUGACCCGCGACCCUGCCGGAGGCCUCGAUCGCCAUGAAGCCGUCCGGAUUGCAAACACCCACCUUUCUGGACGACGAUGACGACCAAGACAAUGACUCGACGGUGAGCAGCAACUCGUCCUUCGUCCUCCUGGACAGCCUUGGCUCCGUAACCGAAGGUCCCGGCGAUGGUCAUGCAUCGUCGUCGGCUGCCGAUUCCGCCGCGGCAGAGGACCAGCAGCUCAAGCCUGCUGUAAGAGAUAGCGCAGCAGCAGAGGCUUCGAUGCCGGAGUUUGAUGUGGUCGUCGAUCUCAGCGUUCCGGGUCCGUCGAUGAGCAGCGAGUUUCAACACAGCUACCAGCUGCGGUCGCGCAUUCCGCGACCUCCAAAUGCUUUCAUGCUGUUUGCGCAGGAGAGGCGGCGAUUGGUGGCUGCUGAGAACCCAAACGAGAACAACCAGCGCGUCAGCAGCCGGCUGGGAAAGCUGUGGCGUUCCCUCAGCGCCGCAGACAAGGAGCCGUACCAACGCAAGGCGGCCGAAGCUGCUGCUGUCCACAGAAGAAAAUACCCAGACUACGUCUACAACCCACGCGAGGCCCGCCAACGCAAGGAGCAGGAGCGCAGGGCCAAAGCGUUUGCCAGCAUGACGGACGGCUCCGGGGACCAGGAGCAGCAGCCAAGCACUUCCACGGCUGCGACCCAGGGUCGAAGCAGCCCGGAGUACCAGGAGCUACCCCAUUCGCUGCCUCUACCGCAGAGGAACAGACGACGUGCAACCAGUGCUGUAGGGUCUUCGGGCGCCGGUCGGGCAACGCCAACCAGGCCGACGGCCACAGUCUCGGCCACUGCGUGGGCUCGCUCGGCCGCGCACCCGUACAAUGUGCACCGGUUCCCCGGUCUUCGGGCCCCAUCACUGCGUGGGGCCAUCGCAGCAACCACUGCGUCCAUCGCUCAGUCCGCUGCAGUUCACCCAUUCAGCCAGCCGAUCCCGCUGGUCGCUUGUGGCAGGGACUGCGCCGCCGUGCCUCAUCCACAAAUUACCGGUUCUGGCUUGCCGCACGCAGCCGACGGAAGCGCCCGGCAACUGGGAUGGUUCUUCGACACCACCCAGACCGCAGCUGCUCACUUGACUUUGGGAGUUGCCGCAACACCUGUGUUGUGCUGGCCGCUUCUGGCUACGGCUGGACCUCCGGCCCUGGCGCCAUCAUUACCCCUGCUACUGCCCACGGCCAUGACCCCCGCGGUGGCCCGACACCACUUCACCGUGCCAGGACCGCUGAUGCCACCGACCAGGCACGACGCAUCAGCCGGAUCUGGCUCGAUGCAUUUCUUCAGCACGAUGCAGGCAAUGUACAUCAAGUGA